AUGUCGAACAAAUCGGGAAGUUCUCAAACUUUUGGAAAAUGCAAGCGGGAAACUUACGGUAAAGGUUACCCAAGUACAUGGGAAGAAACAUCAGACAGUCCAUCAAUAAAGUCUACAUUCAAAAUAUGCCGGAGGUUACCCAAGUGCAUGGGAAGAGACAUCACACAAUCCAUCAAUAAGGUCUACAUUCAAAAUCUGCCAGUAAAAUCGAUGUUUAUGGCCUACCCGAAAGCCACAGCCUCUGUUUUCGUUAACAGUAUCUAUUGGCUGGUGUUCGUUGAAUCGCACGUG